CUCCCCACCCGACGCGUCUGAUCCUUGAACUCCCACUACUCAUUCAGUGUGCCCCUCCACGAUGUGGUGAACCAUUGGAGCACCAUAUCAAUAAAAAGGAAAGAAGAAGAGAAAGAAAAAAGAAAGCUUGAUCAUUAGGUCAUGGUCUACCUUCGUCAUGUUAGCCUGUCUCCUUCGUCCUAAGAAACGACGAGUCGACCCCGAGCGCUCCCCAUUCGCGUCCCGGCGACCCGCCCGACAACGAGACUUUGCAGCAGCAGAAAACGAGUAUGUCCGGCGCAAUUAUGGCGCGAUCGGAGAACUAGACGGGAUAGAGGAUGAGGACCCAGACGCAGAUCGGGACGAGGAGGAAGACGAUGCUCCCCUGGAGUCGACACCACUGCUUCCCAUAUUUUCCGCCCCGCAUCUAGAUACGCUGCCGGUCUUUGAGAUCACCCACGCUAUUCGCCCGUUGAUCGUCUCUCGCUGCGAAACCACUCUGACUUGGGAUCAGUUGCGCUCGCCCCAGAUCUCUCAAUUCUUGGUGAAGCCAAUCCAGCAACGGAUCCGGAGUCAACAUUUCUCUCGCGCCACUCUAUAUGCGCUGAUGGCCAACUGCCUACGGUUUAUCAGCGAAACGCAGUCCAAUCCAGGCAACAGUGGCACUUGUCAGACCCGAGCCAUGGUGAGCGAGCUGCUCGCCAUCAAGUUGUUGAGAGAGUACUCCACGGAGGAGCUGAUCGACGCUUUGUCCUACGAGUUCUACCCGCUUCAAGGCCAGCCAUCUGUCGAACCUCCAGCGCGGAAGAGCCAACCGAUGGCGGGGGUCGCGCGCAUCUCGUGCCUUGAGUUAGCGAUCCGGGCUCAAGCGAAACGGUUCAUCUCUCACCCGCUGGUCGUGCAGCAGCUGGAGGCAAUCUGGGCUGGCACGAUCGUCUUUCAUUUCGCCGCAGACAGUUUACAUCGUAGUCCGGCGCGACUCACGCGCGAUGAGAGGCGAGAUUCGAGGUAUAGGGGUGCAGCGAGUGCUCAGAAUCGCCGCUGGGAUCAAGGAAUCAGCUCACCCGGAACCCGUCUAGACCCCUCACGGUCCGUGACACUGUACAAUCCAAAAGAGGCUUCUCUCUGCAAACUCUCCAGGCUGAGGGUGCCUCGGUACCGGCAGUUCCUAUCCACAGUAUCAUUCGCCGUGCUCCUGGGGCUGUUUCUCGCGGUGUUGCAGCAGCGAAAACUGGAGAUCACCCCGUUGGAGCUCGUUUUCUGGUUCUGGAGCGCUGGCUUCAUGAUGGACGAGAUCGUCGGGUUCAACGAGCAAGGCUUCAGCCUCUACCUGAUGAGUUUCUGGAAUUUGUUUGAUCUAGGGAUCUUGUUUCUCCUCUUCUGCUAUUACUGUAUGCGCCUCUACGCAGUCGUGCCCUACACCCGCAGCCAGGCGGUCGCCGAUCAGGCCUACGACAUGUUAGCGGCCAACGCCGUGCUCCUCUUUCCGCGGCUGUUUUCCAUCUUGGAUCAUUAUCGCUACUUUUCGCAGUUGCUCAUCGCCUUCCGCAUCAUGGCCGCGGAUCUCGUGGCGGUGUUCGUGCUGAUCAUCAUCGCCUGUAGUGGGUUUUUUGUUGCCUUCACGCUAUCUUUUGGCACCCAUGAAGAUCAUUCACCUGGAUCAGUGGCGUACGCCCUGUUUCAAAUCCUGAUGGGAUUCAGCCCAGCCGCCUGGGCGUUAUGGGAUGACUAUAAUAUUCUGGGGAGAACCGUUCUAACAGUGUUCCUUUUUAUUUGCCAUUUUGUCGUGGUCACCAUCCUCAUCACCGUUCUGACCAACUCGUUCAUGCGGAUUGUCCAAAACGCCGACCAAGAGCAUCAGUUUUUGUUUGCUGUCAACUGCCACUCCAUGGUGAAGUCGGAUGCGCUUUUCUCUUACAUCGCGCCGGCUAACAUUCUUGCGUGGCUCCUCACCCCCCUUCGCUAUGUCAUGCCCUUCCAGCGCUUUGUCCAAAUCAACCGUACCAUUAUCAAGGUCACCCAUCUACCGAUUUUGUUGACCAUUUACUUGUAUGAGAAAGUGAUCCUCAGCUCCCGACUGUUUGAGCCAACGGAUCUCAUCCGCUUGACUGAGUCGGGCACUCCGGGCCAUCCGCGGAUGCCUCGCCGAAGCCGCAUCAGAUCUUUCAUUUCCCAUGGCCCGCGCUUUGCUCGACAGCCCUCAGUGGCAACGUACCAGAAGGAUCGGGCGUUGGAGGAAUUAUUCCGACGUGCUUCUCCGGACAUGGGCGGUACCGACCAGACCCACCCAAAGGGAAACAAGAUUGUGGACUGGAUGCAUAGGAUGGGCUCCGGGUCGGUCCACCCUCCCGAUGAACAGGAUUCAGACGAGAUGGACCGACUAGAGAUAACCCCGAAAGGUGCACAGGGGCGUUUUGCAAGGAGACGGGCCCAUCUCCGAAGCUUCACGGAAUCUCACCUUUCCGCCAUAUCCAACCCCGAGGACCACAUCAGCGAUGUUGCCUCUCCCCCAGUGGGUAAGACCCCAUUGGAGCAGCGCCCUACCCGGCAUUCUCUCGUUGCCACGACGCAGCGGCAAAUCUCCCAGCACACCGGGAUGGAAGGGGACGAUGAACUGACGAGCGACAACAAUGGAGGCUGGGAAGACGAGCAAGAUCCCGCGCUGGCCCCAGCCUCACCAGCCAGCGGGGGCUCACGCCCGAAAGCCGUCGAGCGUCCUGGAAAAACGAUACGCAAGGGCUACCCGUCGGGACCGUCAACCGCACGGAUGAAAUCCCGCAAGACCAGUCCCGUUCCUCGACCAAACCACCACCACCUGCGCACCCGCUCCAGCGUCACAAUGCCCUACCCGACGAACCCCGGCCCGAGCAUGUACGACGACACAGCUUGGAGCUCGCCUCCCAUCCGCCCUCGCGCCGACACACCGGACCAGGGAGGUAUGGAAAUCCCCACAUCCGCCGGUCAACCCAACCACCCGCGCAACGGACAACAGCCACUCCAGCCGGUGCUACCUCCCAGCGUCCGCCCGACCAGCCCCAUGUCGUUACCCGCGCUAUCCAGCAUGCCCGCAGGUCUCGACCCGCGAGACGAGCGACACCGACGGCAGGCUGCCCUGCUGCAAGCGCUGGGAUCGGACCUCGGCGACAACCGAGCAAUCGUGAACGGAUUCCUCGGGGAGGUGCCAUCCAGCUGGACGACGCAGAUCGCAUACGGUAUGCAGCGGGGUGACGGUUCUCACGACCAGGACAUGCUAAGCAAGCUGGUGCUGGCGCGGAUGAACAAUAUCGAAGAGGGCUUCCGCGAGGUGAUCCGCGAGGUUAAGGACUUGCGACAGGGGGGCCCAAGUCGGGGUCAGAGCCGACCGGAUGAGUUCCGGGGCGGGGCGAAGAAGAAGAGGCCGGGGAAGAAGGAAUCGGGGAAGAAGAGCAGGGGAAGUAGUUAG